GUGUGUCUAGGAACACAGCUGGGCCAAUUUUAAAGUUCUUUAUUGGUUUCUGAAGGUGUUCAAACUUUUGUUGGUUCAAUGUUAUAUGUAACAAAAGGAGAAUUGUAACAGAAACAAAACUGUAUUUAGCUAUUUCAUAAACACUUUAAAGAUUAUGAAAUUAUUGAGACAAUGGAGUCAAAAAUCACGGACUUCUUGCCAUAUAGCUUAAAAGUUUUCUCUUAAAGAGUAUCAGUAGGAUUCAAAUACCUGAAUUUAGUAGUCUGUAAAGCCUGGGCAGAAAUAGAAUAUGAAGUACAAUUGACAAAUGAGAAAAACCAGUGAAAUAAGGAUCCUUGAGCAAAUGGAAAGGUUCACCAGGCGCCCAGGAAAGGCGUAUGAAUCAUGUCUUUAAAUGGGCACCAGAGCCGCUCCACUCAUGUGAUAGCUGCCUUUGGCCUCUUUCCACAGUCAACCAAAAAUUGGUGACGGAAAUCACAUGAGGAGCAAACGCAUCAGAUGGCUUGAAUUCCCGACGGGAAAAGUGGUUCGUGGCACUCUGAGAACUCUCAAACUCCAAGUGUUUUCUUUGGGAUGACAGAUCUGUGGCCCUUGGUUCCCAUGGUUUCAAGGCACAAUGAAGCACACCGGCUCUUGGAAACUGUGGACUUGGGUGGCAAUGGUCCUGCUUCCUGUUUCCACUUGUGUGACUGUCAGGGACAAGCCAGAAACAACUUGCCCUAUACUGAGAAUGGAGGGAUAUCAAGACAACAGAAACAAACUUGAAGUUUCCGGCUUUGAUCUGGGAGAAAGCUUUGCUCUGAGGCAUGCAUUUUGCGAAGGUGAUAAAACCUGUUUCAAAUUGGGAAGUGCACUUCUUCUCAGAGACACUAGCAAGGUAUUUCCCAAAGGCCUUCCUGAGGAGUACUCUGUAGCGGUCACAUUUCGAGUACGAAGAAGCACCAAGAAGGAGCGGUGGUUUUUAUGGCAGAUUUUAAACCAGGAGAAUAUGCCACAGAUUUCUAUAGCGAUUGACGGCACAAAGAAGGUGGUAGAAUUUAUGUUCCGAGGUGCUGAGGGAGAUCUGUUGAACUAUGUUUUUAAGAAUCGAGAACUCCGUCCUCUCUUCGAUCGUCAGUGGCAUAAACUUGGCAUUGGUGUGCAAUCCCGAGUCCUUUCUCUCUACAUGGAUUGUAAUUUAAUUGCAAGUCGGCACACAGAAGAAAAGGACUCUGUGGAUUUUCAUGGAAAGACCGUUAUUGCUGCGCGAGCCUCAGAUGGCAAACCCGUGGAUAUUGAACUUCACCAACUCAUAAUCUCUUGCAAUGCAAACUUCUUAGCUGAAGAAUCAUGUUGUGACGUAUCCGCUACGAAGUGUCCUGAGCAAGACAGCUUUGGAAGUACCACUUCAUCAUGGGUGACCACUCACACUGGUAAAAUAUCUUCAUAUCUGCCAGGAAAGCAGGAACUUAAAGACCCAUGCCAGUGUAUUCCAAACAAGGAGGAAGCAGGAUCACCAGGAACUCUGGGUUCCAUUGGUCAUAAGGGGGACAAAGGAGAACCGGGUGAAAAUGGCUUACAUGGUAUUCCAGGCUUACUUGGUCAAAAGGGAGAACAAGGACUUGAAGGCAUCAAAGGAGAAAUUGGUGAAAAGGGUUUGAAAGGUGACUUGGGUCCUCGAGGUCCACCUGGUCCAAAAGGAGAGAAGGGUGAUAUGGGACCUCCUGGGCCACCAGCCUCAACUGGCUCCAUAGGGAUACAAGGCCCCCAAGGUCCACCUGGAAAAGAAGGUCAGAGGGGAAGACGAGGGAAAACAGGACCCCCAGGAAACCCAGGACCUCCAGGACCACCAGGACCUCCUGGGUUACAAGGACUGCAACAGACUUUUGGUGGAUAUUUCAACAAGGGAACUGGUGAGCACGGAGCUGGUGGCCCUAAAGGAGAAAAGGGUGACUCUGGGAUGCCAGGAUUUCCAGGGUCUGUUGGCCCUAAAGGGCAAAAAGGAGAACCUGGGGAGCCUUUAACAAAAGGUGAAAAGGGAGAUAGGGGAGAACCUGGCCUAUCAGGACCACAAGGAAUAAAGGGGGAACCUGGAGAUGCUGGUCCCCCUGGUUUAACAGGAAGCCCAGGGCUCAAGGGUCAGCAAGGACCUGCAGGUUCCAUGGGGCCCAGAGGACCACCAGGAGAUGUUGGAUUGCCAGGAGAACAUGGUAUCCCAGGGAAACAAGGCAUUAAAGGAGAGAAGGGAGAUCCUGGUGGAAGGCUAGGCCCUCCUGGACUUCCAGGUCCAAAGGGUGAUGCUGGGCCUCCAGGGAAAAGCCUCCCGGGAAAACCAGGAUUAGAUGGAAAUCCUGGAGCACCUGGUCCACGUGGACCAAAGGGUGAAAGAGGACUGCCAGGUAUCCACGGCUCCCCAGGGGACACAGGCCCACCCGGGGUAGGAAUCCCCGGCAGGACAGGCUCCCAAGGACCAGCAGGAGAGCCAGGUAUUCAGGGCCCUCGAGGUCUACCUGGAUUGCCAGGAACUCCAGGGACCCCAGGGAAUGACGGAGCUCCAGGGAGAGAUGGAAAGCCAGGCCUCCCAGGCCCGCCAGGUGACCCGAUCGCACUUCCUCUCUUGGGAGACAUUGGCGCCUUGCUGAAGAACUUCUGUGGCAACUGUCAAGCCAAUGUCCCUGGGCUGAAAAGCAGCAAAGGGGAUGCAGGAGGCACCGGGGAACCUGGGAAAUAUGAUUCUGCGGUCAGGAAGGGUGAUGUAGGGCCACGGGGUCCUCCAGGAGUCCCAGGCAGAGAGGGACCAAAGGGAAGCAAAGGAGAGCGGGGAUACCCUGGAGUUCAUGGGGAGAAAGGCGAUGAGGGUCUUCAAGGAAUUCCUGGCCUCUCAGGAGCUCCUGGCCCAACUGGACCCCCUGGCUUAACAGGAAGAACUGGACACCCUGGUCCCACUGGAGCAAAAGGUGACAAGGGCAGCGAGGGACCCCCUGGGAAACCUGGACCUCCUGGACCCCCUGGUGUCCCAGUCAAUGAAGGAAAUGGCAUGAGCAGUUUAUAUAAAAUCCAGGGAGGAGUGAGUGUUCCCAGUUACCCAGGACCCCCAGGACCCCCUGGCCCAAAAGGUGAUCCUGGCCCAGUGGGAGAGCCUGGUGCAAUGGGCUUGCCAGGACUGGAAGGAUUUCCUGGUGUAAAGGGAGAUCGAGGCCCAGCAGGUCCCCCAGGAAUAGCCGGCAUGUCGGGGAAACCCGGUGCCCCAGGACCUCCAGGAGUUCCAGGGGAGCCGGGCGAGAGAGGACCUGUUGGAGAUAGAGGUUUUCCUGGACCAGAGGGACCCUCGGGGAUGCCAGGCAUAAAUGGAAAAGACGGAUUACCAGGUGCUCAGGGCAUCAUGGGUAAACCUGGAGACAGAGGCCCCAAAGGAGAACGCGGUGAUCAGGGGAUUCCAGGAGACAGAGGUCCACAAGGUGAACGUGGAAAACCAGGCCUUAUGGGCAUGAAGGGGGCUAUAGGUCCUGUGGGGCCACCAGGAAGCAAGGGCUCCAUAGGGUCACCCGGCCACCAAGGCCCUCCAGGCUCUCCAGGCAUCCCUGGCACUCCGGCGGAUGCUGUUUCAUUUGAAGAAAUAAAGAAGUACAUUAACCAAGAGGUCCUAAGGAUUUUUGAAGAGAGGAUGGCUGGGUUUCUAUCCCAGCUUAAGCUGCCAGCAGCCAUGUUGUCUGCUCAUGCUCAUGGAAGGCCUGGCCCACCAGGGAAGGACGGGUUACCCGGACCCCCAGGAGACCCAGGACCCCAAGGCUACCGAGGACAGAAGGGAGAAAGAGGAGAACCUGGAAUUGGGCUGCCAGGGAGUCCAGGUCUUCCUGGAUCUUCAGCAGUGGGUUUGCCAGGCUCACCUGGUGCCCCAGGGCCUCAGGGACCCCCAGGACCCGGUGGAAGAUGUAAUCCAGAAGAUUGCCUCCAUCCUAUGACCCCUGCCCUUCAGCAGGCAGGUAGAAAAUGAAAACUACAGGAGGAGGAAGACUUCAGUCCUGGUGAUGUCGCCGUGCCCUUAGAGCUCUCGAUAACGAGCUUCCCAACCACGUGCUCCGGAGGCUUGUGAUUUCUGGACUGCUUUCCUUUGCUGGUUUGUUUUUUUUUUUUAAAUUCUGAUGUCAGGCAGACGUCCAAAGCCACCAUCUGAAUCCUAUUCUGACAGUAAUUGCAAAUCAGUAUUUUCACGUGUUUCCCAACUUCGUUCCGUAUGUUUUGCUUUACUGUGGCUCUGAGUUCUGCUCAGUUUCAUGUGAAAAAUGCAAGCAAGCUUGUCACCGCUUCUUCAGAAGAAGUCACGUGAGAUGAUUUGGUACCCAGACGACAUACACUUUAUAAACUCAUCCGCAUGAUCAGACUUUGAUUUCUGAACUUUAAUUUUUCAAGUUUAUCUUGAUAUUUUCUUCAUCUUUAAAUUUACUGUUGUUGCUUAACAUUUUCAUUCUGCUCUUUUGAGACUGAGACAGUGCAUUACUACUGUUGACUGUUCUAUGACUGAUUUUCACAAGAAGUCUUAUACCAUCCUACAUUCAUUCUAUUUAUACAGAAAAACAGGCAAUAAGAGAUUCACUUUUCAUUUAUUUUUCAAAAAACAAACUAUGGGAGCUCUUUAUCAGGGAGCCCCCAAACUCAUCAUUGCCAACUGCUGAAAUUUUGUGACUUUCUAGCUGUGAGCUCCAUUGGAAGCACUCCUCACGAACUCCUCAUGAACACAUGCUACAUGAAAAUGGAAGACCCCAACUGACCCUGUGCUCAUGUCAGUGAGUUUCCAACAGGGAACAGAAAGUGGUUUUCCCUAAGAGGUGUUUGGUGAUGAAGGCAAAGCACCAAGUCUUUGGUACUUGACAAGCUUUAGUAGCCUGGCAAGACCUUGGUGCUCUUUGAUGCAUUAUUCUUCUGACUCUGUGAUCCCCAGACCCACCAUCGGAGCAAAGCACGGGGUUUGUAAUGAUGGGAACAGAAGAGUACUCACCCUGCAAAGUGAGGAUGACGGGUCAGCAAAUACAUGCAAGUACGUGAAGCACACGUGGUCUUAAGGAGAAUACCGUUUUCUCAGGAGCUCCAGAAAGAGGUCGAGUUCAAUAGAGGAAAACCAGACCCACCACGUGAAAAUCACUACAUGCUUCAAAACCCUAUGUUCUGGUUUUGGAGAUUUAGCUUAGUGGUAGAGGGCUUUUCUGGCAGGCUCAAGGCCUUGAGUUUGGUCCUCAGCUCUGGGGGAAAAAAAUUAAAAUAAAAUAAACCAAACAUAUGCUCUGAAAGGAAGCAAAAUUCCAGUGGACUUAACUGAAUUACUCAACAGUAUUUUUUACUCCCUACCUAUUCAUUGUUUGGAGAAACCUUUUGUGGGAAACAACUGAUUUUCUAGACUAUUCAGCACAAGGAUGUUGCAGGGAUCUAGCUGGUUGGAUCCCACAGAAGAUGAACACGUGCCACCAGAGCCCUCCGGUCACAGAGACAAGUUCACACCUCAAGGAGCAGCACAUAUUCCACAGGACAGGGUGAUGCCUUCUGUCUAUUAAUCGAAACAGACAAUGAGUUUAGAAAAGCAAGCCCACAGGGAGUGGGGAGAGCUGUGAAUGGGAAGCAUGCCUGACAUAAGGCAGAGUUUGUUUAAAUGCACCCAUGAUUUGAACUGGUUUUCAUUGACAAAUAGAUGAGCUGCUGGCCAGGUACUGUCAACAUGGCUGUGCAUAAUAUAGCUUUUUGGGUAUUUAAUAUUGAGUUUGGCUGUAUAUUUCCAUCCAAGUUUAUUUAUUUUCCAAGUCUACUUUAUUUAUUCUUCAUGUUUUAAACAUUAUAUUGCUUAUUCCUUUAUUUUCUUUCUUAUGCAAUACUUGCAAUGGUGCUGUGUUUUAAACUCACAAAAUUGGAAUAUGCAAACAUUUGCAUAUGUAUCUUCAUAAUCAAAUGAUAAUCUACCCCCCAAAAUGUACAUAAGGUGAAAAGAUGGUGCUAUAUGUAUAUUUUGAGCUUUUGAUUUGUUAAAUUUUCUGAAAACUUAAAACUUACCUGACACAUAUUAAUUUACUUGAAUUUGCUGUAGAGCUAAGACUUUUAUAUGUUUUCAAAGAUUAUUUUUCAUAUUAAUUGACUGGUUAUUUAUCCUUUUGCCUUUUGGCUUACUCAAAAACUAUUUAUUUUAUAGUUUUAAUAUUUUCAUGAACAUUUGGCUGAUGAUCAAUGUAUUUGGGUUUUUUUUAGUUGAUCAGUUCAUAUGUAUAAAAAGAUGCAGUUCAUUUUCUUGCUUGGUAAAUUGCAUCAUUUACAUUCACUUCAGGUCCACAGAACAGAAAGCUCUCUUACAAAUUGUAUAGAAUUUUUCCUUUAUUCUUCUUCCUUUUUAAUGUAUGACUGGCUUAUUCCUGUUUCAAGGAUUUAGAUUUGAUCACAUGACUUGAGGAGUGUAGGGGAUAAAUAUGUUACAUGAUGCAUAUUGAGAAGUGGCCUGUCACCGUGAUUCAAGUUCAUUUUUUAAAAACUGGGACAUGUGAUUAAGUCUGACAUGACUAGAGAGCUGGGACUGUGCUUCAAUAGCACAAACCCUCAACCCGCUGUUAUUUAUCUUGAAAGCUGUUUUUUUCUGUCUCAGUUCUGUUCAUAAUAAAGGGCUACAAAGUCUAGCUAAUGUAACAAAGAGAUUAGCAGGUACUCAACCCUUCAAUAAAAAAAAAAAAAAAAAGGAUAAUUCGGUCCCCAAAGUAGGAUAGGAAAUGUUCCUCUAAAUAACCAUUUGUUUCAUUUAAAAAAAAAAAAGCUGUUUAUGUCAGGUGUUAUCUUUAGCAAAGGAGAAGAAUUAUUAAUUUUCUCUCAUUUGUACUACAGAUAUGUUUUAAAUACAAAAUAAUUACAGGUCAUGAUGACAAUAUUAAAACUGUUUUUUUUUUCAUAAACAAGGAUUUUAGAAUUCAAGUUCUAAAUUUUAUGCCAGUUGAGUUAGCAAUUUUAGGUAGAAAUAUUCCUGUGCAGAGAAGAUCUAUUCUCAGUUCAUUUUUCUGGCUUUUGGAGUCAAAAGAAAGAGAGUGACCUGGGCAUGCGUCCACUGUUCUUGCCAACUGAUAGCAUUGACUAGUACUUCUUACCACAACAGAAGCACAACAGUCAGUCUUGAGUUUUUCAUCUUCUUCCCUUGAUCUGAGAGCCGUUGAAUGACUUUAACCUCAUGUGCUUUUUUCUGUCUUUCAUGAUAUAGUUGGAAAUUAAAAUUUUGCCUGUUUAUGGAACUUAAAGAAUUAUUUCACGAUAUACUGCCUAUACACAUUGCCAUCCGAUGUUGAGUUUAUAAAGUUAUCUCUACGGCUAUGUCUUAGACUUUAAAUAUGGUUUAGCUCUUCUGCUCAGCUCUUCUGCAGCCUCUCUCAUUUCUGAGAAACUUAUUAUAUACCUCCUUUUGUCCACAAGAUGGUGUUUGAGGCAAUUUGUUCAGAACGGAACAGGCUCACAGAAGUCUAAAAUUUAGAAAAGUUUGGUGGACGAUUAAAUCAGACAUUGGCCUUGGCACUUUCUUUGUUUUGUAAAUAGUCUUUGUAAACUAUAUUUCAUUUCAUUAAUUUGUGUUUUUUUCAGAAUUUUCAGUAUCUUUGUGAGGCAGGCACCAUAGCAUUUGGCUUGUGGGUUGUUUCAUUUUUAUUUAUUUAUUAUGUGUAUACCCAUAUGUGACAUGCAAAUUUGCUAUAAGGUUGUCUUAUGCUACUCUUGAAUUUUAAUGACUAAUGUGCACACACCUAAGUAUGCAUCCUCCCCUGCAGACAGGGCAAAUAUUCUUUUGACAAUGAAACACAUUUAGCUUACCACAAGAAGUAGACAAGUUAUACAUUAUACAAUGUCUAAACUCCUUAUUGCUCAAGAUAAAUUUUGCAAUUAAAUUUGUACAAUGUCUAUUUUUCUAGAAAUAUGUCACUAUUUACCAAAAAAAAGUAAGAAAACUGAUUUUCAAAAUGCCAUCUUUUUUUUUAAUGCCAUCUUUUUUCUAAUGUUGGUAAUACUGGAAGCAGGUGCAGUGAUAUUGAUGUUAUUUGAAUGACCCAGGGAAAAGUUGACAUUUGCCCUUGUUCUUAAAUUAUUUUCUGCACUUGUCUGGACGUAUCUACUGUGUGAAGACACACAGGGUUUUCUCUCCUGGCUUUGGAAUACAGCAUACACUCCCUUUUUAUUCCAUUCCUCUCAGAGAUUAAACAGACCCCUAUGAGGAGAUUCAGGAGAGUUUAAAUAGAACCCUUUAAGUCGUGAGCAUCAGGUCAUGGUGCAGCCCAUUGACUUGUAUUUCUUCAUCAGUCAGUGUGUAAAGUAGCAUUUGUUACAUUACAUUUGUUCAAUGAGUGGGAGUUACAGGAAACAGGAAAAGAGGUGGUUUCUGUUUUUACUUACUGAUGUAUCUGGAGCUAUCAUGUCAACAUUCCACUGAACAAAACCACAUAGAAAAUGGCAUCAGUUUGGUCAGAGGGAAUGAAGUUUCAGGCAGACACAGAGAACACUAAUUCAGACAAGUAGACCAGCAAGAAAAUAAUUCUCCAAAAGACAAGGUGAAACUUAGUCUAGCAAGAAACAGCUCCAUGGAAAAAUUUUCAAGUUCAAUUCCGGUAGUGAUAUAUGGUGUGACUCAAGAAGUCGGCUACUUGCUUCAUAAAUUUGUCCAAAGUGAAUGCUAGUAACGUAGGCAUCACUAAACUUAGGGCUAACUACUGAAAUUUUAACACAAGGCUGGUGUGGCUUGACCAUAAUAAGCUUACGAGCAUGAAGAUGCAAUUUUACAACUUUUUAUUUUGCUGUGAUACUUACAGUGUAUUUAGAGGAUAAAUACUUGUGGUGAAUUUGCAUUCAGAUUGUGUUAUGGAAUAUUUUAUAACUAUUUAUUUUUAAAAUAACGUUUGGGAUAUAUUUUUCUCCAUUUUGUUUGUUCACUAUCUUACCUCAUCAGCUAUUUAAGGUUUAUUUUAUUACACUCGCAUUAAGUGAAAUGCUACUCACUUUAUUAUAAAUUCCAGUGAAUAUACGCUUUCAGACCUUGGUUCCUCUAGCUUCAUUUUGCGUCAUGAAUGUCUUGCCUCUUUCAGCAAUAAAGGAAUUGACUCUAAAUCAGGGAACUCUUAAGGUGCAAUUCUUUACACUGUGUCUACACUUUAGUCCUUCUCAGUAGCCAAAGGUCCACUCCAAUUCUAUUCUUAGGUCUUGGCCACUCUGAGGCUUCACAAUCACUCUCAAACCAAGAGCAAGCUCCACAGCCUCCAGGGAGCCUGAGACUGGUCUACUAUGAGGCUAAUAUUUCUACCACGCUGGUGCUCACAGUUUGAGUUUAUAAUCUGCCUCCCUGGGAGCCUAUGAAAAGCCUGGUAUAUUGAUUUCAGAUGAGAAUUACAAACAGAAACAAAAGUCAGAGAGAGCCCACAAUGAUGCUCUCUUCUAACAGAGAUUAAAAUCGAGUUAGACUCUUUGCUAGAGAGAACUCUUAGAAAGUUAAGAAGCAUCAUGAUUAAUGUUCCUCAUAUAGUAAGUUCCUUAGAGUGGCAAUAACUAUUUAAAUACUCAAUGUGUUUUCUAACAAAAAUUGAUUAAAAUAUGCCAGCGGCUUUAAGUGUCUAGAUGGAAUAGCUAAUGACUUCAAGAGUUCUUAACUAAUCUUACCUUCAUAUUCCCUUAUGAUAAAUUAAGUGGGUGCUCUCUAAAUAAUAUUGUUGCCUUCUCAUAUGCAACUGUGAACUUGGAGACCAAGUAAAAACAUGCCAAAAUAAACUUGAAAAGAAGACACAAAUCCCAAAAAGUUUCUUGGAGUCAAUUUCCCCAUCUGUUCUCUUCAGUUACUAAGGUAGCAUGAAAGGCAGCACACAGAAGCAUGGGAAACAGAGAGUUAAUAUGAAUUGCCACUUGUUAAGACUACAAAUAUCUAUCAGACAGCAUCCUCUUUCCAAUAACCAGAUCUGCCAAGCAUGUUACAGUUCUUUGGAUAACCUUCUAAGUACCAUUUGAGCACAUGUAUUAAUAUACAGUAUUAUAACGAGCCAAUUUGUAUUUAAUAUUUGCUGAGACAUUGGUACUUAAUGUUUGGCAUCACAAGUUCACUAAAACAACUUAAGUACAUAACUUAAAAGUAUGUACUUAAAUGAUAACCUAUAAGUCUUAAGCACAAACAUUAUCUCACAGUUUCAAGAUUGUAUAUGGCCAUUUUCCAUUUCCAAAAUAAGUAACUCACUAACAUUUCGUUUUUAGUGCUGUUUUUAUACUCCCUUUCCCAGGGUUACCAACAUGUUUAAAAGUAAUUCUCUUGAUAUUUGGGAUUAUUUGUGUCAUGAGGUAUUUCCCACCAAUAUUGGUUCACUUUAAACCUGGAGAUUUUAUACCUCAGAAACAUUAUGAUAUCUCCAAAAUUAAAUAAUUCAAUCACAAGUGAUCUCCGAAGCAGGGAUUAAAAUUAAGCACAUUUGGGGUCAGAUCUCAUAAUGUUUAAGGAUAGCAAUAUUGGUUCAACCAGCUUGAAAUAUAAAGUAUUUCACGUUGGUCACCAAAUGAUGUAACUACUCAUUCAUACUUUUCUGACAUACAGAAGAUAAUUACCCAAAAUCCAUCAGCAAAUUUAUGUGCUCAGACUGGAAAAUGAUUUUCAUACUUCUUAUCUAACCUGUUGGCUAUCUGGAGUAAACAUCAAAUCAUACUGCCACAGGAGCACUGAGUAGAAAUAAACCAGAAAUCAUUUGCUCUUGACUAAUGUGCCCAUUUCUGAGCAACUUCAAUUACCUACACAUUCCCCUCUUGACACGUUCUCUGAUGGACACUAUCCAACUUUUAAAACCACAUCGAAAGAGAUGUGGAGAUUCUGGGAGGUUCUGCUGGGGAUGCAUCCCAGGUCUGCCUGGGUUUAGUAGCUGUCUUUCAUGGAGAGCAUUCACUAGGCAAUUUUCUUUGCAAGUUUUUCGUCAAAUAUUAGUGCUUCUGUAAACGUUUUAUUUAACUGAAAUAGACAGUGGGUUGGUUGUUCCUGCCAUUUGGGAUGUGCCAGUUUUGCAUAAGCUAUCUGUAAGUGGCUGUCCCCAACAUUACUUAUUGUAUCUUGUGGAUCUUGUUGUACAGCCUGGAUAUGUAUCAGGUUUGUGUAACAGUUGGGUGAACUGAUAUUUGAAAUUUUGUUAUUUUUAUUUCUUAUGAAUAUGAUGUUAUAGGACUGAAGAACAUGUUUAAUUGCUUCAUUUUUCUUUCCCUGUAUUUGAUUAUGUCACUCCAAUUAAAAUAAAAGCACUUUGAUGAAAAGAUCA